AUGGCAGGUGCUAAUAAAAAAUCGAUUGAAGAAAUACAGGGUCUUAUAGAUGCACAUGAAAGGUUUGGAGAAGAAUUGAAGAGUGAAUUUGAUGAAUGUAAAGAAAUAACACAGUAUGGUUUUGUAGAGUUGACAGAUCAGAAUGGAGAAAUCAAGGAUAAAGACAAGUGGCUCUUAGAAUGUCAGACCCUUCUCAGUGUUUCUCUUGAUGUUGCUCAUUCUGAUGGUUCGAAUCCUUCCGUCCCAGGUGGAACAGUAUUAUUGAAAAAAGAAAUAAGAAGAAAAAAAAUUCUUUUUUUCAUUGCUGGUCAUAUGUAUAGAACCAACUUUGGGAUUGGACACAGUAUAAAAGAUAUUUUAGAAGCACAUGUUCCUCCGAAAGGCUUAUUAGGAUGCGGGCAUAAGGGUCUUUACAACACAAUCAAUAAUUCUCUUCACUUUCAAUUAGGUCUUGCUCUAGCUUCUUUGGGAGUUGUUACUUCCUUGGUAGCUCAACACAUGUAUUCUUUACCUGCCUAUGCAUUCAUAGCACAAGAUUUUACUACCCAAGCUGCAUUGUAUACUCAUCAUCAAUACAUUGCCAGAUUCAUUAUGACAGGGGCAUUUGCUCAUGGAGCUAUAUUUCUCAUUAGAGAUUAUAAUCCAGAACAGAAUAAGGAUAAUGUAUUGGCGAGAAUGUUGGAGCAUAAGGAAGCCAUAAUCUCUCAUUUGAGUUGGGUUAGUUUAUUCCUAGGUUUUCAUACCUUGGGACUUUAUGUUCAUAAUGAUGUUAUGCUCGCUUUUGGUACUCCAGAAAAGCAAAUCUUGGUUGAACCCAUAUUUGCUCAAUGGAUACAAUCUGCUCAUGGUAAGACCUUAUAUGGUUUUGAUGUACUCUUAUCUUCAGCAAAUGAUCCAGCAUUCAAUGCUGGCAAAAGCUUAUGGUUACCCGGUUGGUUGAGUGCUAUUAACGAUAAUAAAAAUUCACUGUUCUUAACAAUUGGUCCCAGAGACUUUUUGGUUCAUCAUGCUAUUGCUCUAGGUUUGCAUACAACUACAUUGAUUUUAGUAAAAGGUGCUUUAGAUGCGCGCGGUUCUAAGCUAAUGCCUGAUAAGAAAGAUUUUGGUUAUAGUUUUCCUUGCGAUGGUCCGAGACGGGGCGGUACUUGCGAUAUUUUGGCCUGGGAUGCUUUUUAUUUAGCAGUUUUCUGGAUGUUGAAUACCAUUGGAUGGGUUACUUUCUAUUGGCAUUGGAAGCAUAUUACCUUAUGGCAGGGAAAUGUAGCUCAAUUUAAUGAGUCUUCCACUUAUUUAAUGGGAUGGUUAAGAGAUUAUCUUUGGUUAAAUUCUUCACAACUAAUUAAUGGAUACAAUCCUUUUGGUAUGAACAGUUUAUCUGUAUGGGCGUGGAUGUUCUUAUUUGGGCAUCUUGUUUGGGCUACUGGAUUUAUGUUUCUUAUUUCUUGGCGUGGAUAUUGGCAAGAACUGAUUGAAACUCUUGCAUGGGCUCAUGAACGCACACCUUUGGCUAAUUUAGUUCGAUGGAGGGAUAAGCCGGUAGCUCUUUCCAGCCAAAGUUAUAGGAAUUAG